ACUGAGUGCAACACUUCUCGGCUGUCGCGCGGGUUUUCUGGCGGCGAAGACAUUAGCGUCAAAAUGCUUACGAUUAGCGCUUCGGAGUAUUUUCAUCUCAAAGAAUGGGAGCGAAAGGCCAUUGAAUACGAGCAGAAGAUAAUGGAUCUGAACGAAGAGCUGAGGGGUGUGUUAAUGAAAGCCGUUGAGAUGAAUGAGGCCAAGAAAGUGGCCGAAGAACGGACCGAUUGGUACCGCAACGAACUCUACCACAUGUCUGAACAGUUUGAUUCGCAACGGCGCGGUUCGCACGCGUACUUCAAUCGCAACAAACCGUCGUUCUUCGCGGCCAACACUUCCAACGCAACCAAAGCUCAGAAAUCACUGCCAAAUACACACCAAUCAAAUUCCAUUCCCGACCAAAUCGGGCCAAAUAUCAGACCUAUUUAUCACAAUAAGAAAAGCAUACCAUUUGUUGAAUAUUAA